AUGACGGAGCUUGUGAACCCUAACCCCACCAUCUUUCGUGGCGCCCUACAUCAUUCGCUGCAGCGCUCUGCGGAUGAGUUGCUACAAGAGCAGGACGACGCACUUCGCGACCCCAUCGAUGCACUGGAGGUGUUCCAACACAUUUGCACUAUACGUGACCCUGAGCAUCCCAACACCCUCGAGGAGCUGAAAGUUGUGGAGCCGGAACUUAUUCACGUGGAUGAAGCGAAUCGGACGGUGCGGGUGCAGUUCACCCCUACCGUUCCGCACUGCAGCAUGACGACGCUGAUUGGGUUGUGCAUCAGUCUUAAGCUGCAGCGUUCACUGCCGCGUUGGACGAAGGUGGAUGUAUGCGUCACCCCCUGCUCCCACGAGCAGGAGGAGCAGGUGAACAAGCAACUGAAGGACAAGGAACGAGUGGCGGCGGCACUGGAGAACAAGAAUCUUCUGAACGUCGUGGAAUCAUGUCUGAACGAGUUUGAGUGA